AUGAGUGACAAGGAUAUUCUUGCACAAACUGUGUAUCAUGAGGCUCGCGGUGAGAGUGAAGAUGGCUGGAAAGCGGUUGCCCACGUUAUUAAGAAUCGAGCAAAGGCAAACAAAUCGUACUGGGGCGGAAAUUCGGUGGCCCGUGUGUGUAAGCAACCAGGUCAAUUUGAAUGCUGGGAUGGAAGGAACACCGAAAUUAAAGAGACAUCAAAGUACAAUCAAAUCAAGAAGGUUACUGAUCAGAUUUUAGAUGAUUACGAUAGCUAUGAUCUGACGAACGGUGCAGAUCACUACAAUAAUCCUGAUAAGGAGGGCUAUCCCGGAUGGACGAAAAAUUGUGACCGAAAGGCUAAAAUUGGAAAUCAUCAAUUCUACGAAACUAAAAGAGAGUUUAAGUGA